AUGACAAAGCUCAACCAACUAAGGAAGAAGCGGGACAAAGCUAGAAGGGUGCUUGUUAAUGCACUAGAACCUGAAGAGGACUCAAUUCGCACCUUCAAUAGCCAACAAGACAAACCGUCAGUCUACGAACAAAUAGCAAGUCGACUGUCGCGCCUACAUCAACUAGAAGAAGACUCUAUCGCCGCGCAUCGUGAAUUGUACGACCACUUAAAAGUAGAUGAUCCAGAAUUCGACGAGGUUAUAAAGGAUAACCAGGAACUGUCCAACAGAUGUGCUCGGGUCGAUUCGUUCGUCGAGAAACACAGAGUUGUUUACAAUCAACCGCAACAAAGUCAAAUCAAUGCCAGCGCGCGUAACCAGUCUCAUAAUUCUGCGGCCCAACAUGUUCAAUUCCCACCAUCACUGACAUACAGAUCGUCUAUGCAACUACCUAAAUUGGAAAUCCCUAAAUUCAGCAGAGACGCACUCGAGUGGAACCAGUUUCACGACAAUUUCUCAUCUGCGAUCGACAGUGAUGACCGAUUAUCCGAAGUUCAGAAACUCACCUAUUUGAAGAGUUUCCUCACAGACGAGGCCAAACGAACAAUAGAUGGCUUACAAACUACACAAGCCAACUAUAAAAUCGCCUUCGAUUUGUUGAAAGAGCGCUACAGACAACCCAAGAUGAUUAUCGACGCUCACAUGCGGUCACUUUGGGCGCUACCGGCUCCGAACAACGAUCCCACGAGUCUAAGACGCUUCCACGAUGAGGUCGAGACUACGAUACGCGGUCUACGAGUUCUACACAUGAACGAGAGCAGUUACGGAGCUCUUUUGAUCCCCAUGUUGUUGGAUAAAUUGCCAAUUACCUUCCAACAACAACUCGCAUGCAAUCACGGGGAUGACGAUUGGACACUCACCGGACUGACCGCUGUUAUGCGAGCAGAAAUACGAGCUCUCUCUGUCGGCAAUAAAUUCUCUACACUUUCCUGUGACGAUGAGACUGAUACAAAGUCUACAGUUGCCGCCUUCUACACAAAUACACACGCGAAGAAACCCUACAAACCGAGAAAACCCGCCUAUAAGCCGCCCGCUGAACGUAAAUGCGUCUACUGUCAAGAAAUGCACAACCCAACUUCAUGCGUUAAAGUGGCCACCCCAGAACUAAGAUUGCAGUAUGUCAAAACCAAUCAGCUGUGCUUUAAUUGUUUGGGAUCUCAUAAAGCCAACUCCUGUAAGUUAAAGUAUAGUUGCAAAAUAUGUAAGAAGCGACACCAUACUUCGCUACAUCGUCAUAACAAACAAUCGAACGACAAUAGCUCAAACAAUUCAGGCUCUGAAACUCCCCCUGUGAGUGUAAAUUUUACCCAUGCUUCACAGAAGUUGGCGAACCGAAGCGAUCGGUACUCGGGCGAUCGUAAUAUUACACCGAGUAAUCCCCCAAACCAUGUGUUGCUAAAAACAGCUACUAUUCCAGUCUCUUACCGUGGUAAAAUGGUCUACGCUACAGCUCUGUUUGAUGAAGGAGCCGAUCGUAGUUUUGUGACUCACAAUCUCGCCCAAAGGCUUAACGCCAACGUACAUUUCACUGAACAACUCAGAUUGAAGUCGUUCAACAACCCGGAUGCCGAAUGCAAAUCCGUGCCAUGUACUACGUUACAACUACAUACUAGAGACGGACAGAAAAAGCCCAUCGAUGUUCUAUACGUUAAGGAAAUUUCCGAUAAGCUCACUAAUGUUGUGACAACCAAUAUUACCAACAUGCCCCAUUUGCGAGGAUUAAAUCUAGCCCAAAAACCGAUGCCCAGCGAGUCUACUAUAAGAAUAGACAUUCUGAUUGGAGCCGACAAGUACUGGGACUAUGUCCGUAAUGAUGUUAUUAGAGGCCCGGGACCCACCGCCGUCGAUUCCGUGUUCGGAUAUUUACUUUCGGGGCCUGUCGACCGAAACCACAUAACACGCGCCGCGGCAUUCACUGGUCGAACACACGUACGAAAUACGCGCUCCAAUAGUGUAACCGCGUUCCAUUUCACCGCCGAAGUACAAGCACUACGAACUAGUCAGGUGUUAGACAAGAACAUUGCAUCAUUUUGGGACUUAGAAUCUAUAGGGAUCCGUGAACAAAUCAAUCAAGAUCCAGUAACAGUUGGUCACACAGAACAGUACAAGCAGUAUAGUCAAAACUGCUUGGACGUAGUCAAUGGUCGAUUUAGCGCCAAGUUGCCAUGGAAACCAAAUCACGAUCCCCUGCCAACUAACUACUACGCAACUGAACAGCGCACGCGAAACAUGGUACGAAAAUUACCACGUGACAUUAUUCAGGCGUAUGAUAAGGUGAUUACCGAUCAGCUGGAUAAAGGUUGCAUAGAGAAAGUUGUACCGGACAAUAACAAUACAGGUCACUAUCUACCGCAUAGGGCAAUAAAACGAGAAAGUUCUGCCUCCACCCCAAUUCGUGUCGUCUAUGAUUGCAGUGCUAAAUCUGGGGCCGGUCAACCGAGUUUGAGUGAUUGUUUAGAGAUAGGCCCUCCCUUGUUGAACGACCUCACUGGUAUCCUACUGCGCUUCAGAGCGAAUCCGGUUGCCAUAACAAGUGACAUUGAAAAGGCCUUUCUACAAAUUGGAUUAAGUACAGAAGACCGCCAAUACACUAAGUUCUUAUGGCUAUCGGACAUCAAAAACGUCAACAGCGACUUUUCUACUUAUCAAUUUUGUUCUGUUUUAUUUGGUGCAAGUCCAAGCCCGUUCAUAUUAAACGCGGCCAUCAAAACACUCAUCGACAAUAACACUGACGUACCAGCCGCGAAUGAUCUUCAACAGAACAUUUACGUAGACGAUGUCAUAACCGGGAGCACAAACACGAGUGAAGCCAUCCAAUACUAUCACGAUGCGACACAGUUAUUGGCUACACGCGGGUUCAACUUAAGAAGUUGGAGUUCUAAUGACGCUGCUAUACGCGAACUCGCCGCCCAUGAUGGACGGGGGAAAUCCGAUAACCCCGUGACAGUUCUCGGUAUGAAAUGGGACACAAAUCGCGACAUACUACAAUGUAAGCAAAUCGAGUUGCCUAGUAACGACCCACUGAUUACCAAACAUGACAUUGUUAGUUACACCGCUAGUUUGUAUGAUCCAUUGGGUUUGUUGACGCCCGCGCAUAUCGCCGCUAAACGACUAAUACAAACUUUAUGGAAACAGAAUCAACACUGGGACACUCCUAUCUCUGAUAAGUUACGCAACGAUUGGGAAGUAAUUGCUGAAAACCUCCAAGAUAAACAGUUUAAGUACGUGCCGACCAAAUGCAAUCCAGCAGACCUGCUUACUCGCGGUAUCACCUCCAAGGAAUUAUGCGAUUCUGAAUUGUGGUGGAAAGGUCCUCCGUGGCUGGGAAAUCGUGAUUCUUGGCCAACAUGCGAGUUGUUUGACAAGCCAAACAUAUCCGUCAAUCACGUAGCAUUGACGCCAACUGGGGACAUCGAUUUCGCGCCGCUAGUUCAUCAGGAUAUCCCCGCUACCUAUGUCAACAAAGAAUCAAUGACGUCAUCAUUAGAUAGAAGCCCCGCAGUGACGUCACAGACCCGGGAAAGCCUUACCCGUGAGAAUACUCCAUCGGUACCAGUCGGCAAUCACAAUGCAUCGCGCACCGUAAACACUAAGGAAGUACCUGUUGGAUUACAAUAUGUGAUCAAUCUGGAUGAUUACAAUAACAAUUACAACAAACUUUUGCGAAUUACUGCUUAUGUGUUGAGAUUCGUACAACUACUUAAAUCGAAAGAGAAAUGCACCCAAGAUAAACCCAGUGCCACGGAAUUAAAUAAUGCAGAAAUACACUGGAUUACUGACAUUCAACAUGAACACUUUGCUGAUAUAUUCGCGUCUACCAAAAAUGACAAUAAGAAAUACGGUCAUCUUAGUAGCCAACUGAAGCUAUUUAUCGCCGAGGAUAAAUUACUACGCCUAGGCGGUUGUCUUCAAUAG